UCGAUUCGUUACACAAACUCCACUCCUCCCCGACAACGACGAUGACGUGGUGGAGGCCGCCGUCGACUACCAAGGCCGUCCGGUCCUCCGGUCCACCUCAGGCGGUUGGCGUUCCGCCUCCUUCAUAAUAGGUGUGGAGAUUGCGGAGAGGGUGGUCUACAUUGGGAUUGUGGCCAACCUUAUCUCCUAUCUGACUGGGCCUCUCGGACAGUCCAUGGCCACGGCGGCUCAAACUGUCAAUGUCUGGAGCGGAACGACGUUGAUGCUCCCUUUGGUCGGAGCGUUUGUCGCUGAUUCUUACCUCGGACGCUACCGCACCAUUGUUGUUGCUUCUCUCCUUUACAUAUUGGGACUCGGCUUGUUGACUGUCUCGGCCUUGCUUCCUUCGCUUGGUAUUUCGGACUGUGAGAAAACCAAUGAGUCCAUUAGGUGUUCUUCUCGGCUCCAAGAGUUGUUAUUCUUCUUCUCUAUAUAUCUGGUUGCUAUCGGGCAAGGUGGACACAAGCCUUGCGUUCAGGCUUUUGGAGCUGAUCAGUUUGAUGGACAUGAUGAAGAGGAAUGCAAAGCUAAAAGCUCAUUCUUCAAUUGGUGGUAUUUUUGUAUAUGUGCAGGGCCCUUGUGUACAUUUUCGUUAUUAGCCUACAUUCAGGACAACCUCAGCUGGGGUCUUGGUUUUGGAAUUCCAUGUAUUGUGAUGGUCCUCGCAUUGUUUAUUUUCUUUCUUGGAACCAGAACUUAGCGGUAUAGCAUCAAAGGGGAUGAGGAAAGUUUGUUUGUGAGAAUUGGUAAGGUGUUUGUUGCGUCAUUAAGGAAUCGGAAGACUUGUUCUUCAGCAAUAGCUUCUGAAGAGGAAUCUCGAGGAAUUAUGCCGCAUCAAAGUUCAGAACAAUUCAAGUUCCUCAACAAAGCCUUGCUUGCACAAGAUAAUUUGAAGGGAAACCAAAAGGUGUGUACCAUCCUUGAGGUUGAAGAAGCAAAGAGCAUUCUUCGUCUUUUUCCAAUAUGGGCUACAUGCUUGGUAUAUGGUAUUGUGUUUGCACAGUUUUCGACCUUCUACACCAAGCAAGGUGCUACCAUGAACAGAAGAAUUGUGCCAGGUUUUGACAUACCAGCAGCUUCCCUUCAGACUUUUAUCAGCCUUGCAACUAUCAUCUGCAUUCCCAUUUACGACCGCAUCUUUGUACCCAUAACUAGAGCUUAUUCUAGGAAACCCUCGGGCAUCACAAUGCUACAAAGAAUUGGUACAGGGAUGUGCUUAUGUGGUAUUUCCAUGGUUGUUGCAGCUCUGGUUGAGAUGACAAGGCUGCAAACUGCUGAAGAAUACGGUGUGGUUGAUAAUCCAAGUGCCACAGUCCCAAUGAGUAUUUGGUGGUUGGUUCCUCAGUACUUAUUGAUAGGAUUAGCCGAUGUUUUCACAGUUGUUGGUUUGCAAGAAUUUUUCUACGACCAGGUGCCAACUGAAUUAAGGAGUAUAGGACUUGCUCUCUACCUCAGUAUAUUUGGUGUUUGAAGCUUUCUGAGCAGCUUCCUCAUAUAUGCCAUUGAGAAAGCUACCAGUGGGGUAGGUCAAGCUAGCUGGUUUGCUAAUAAUCUGAACCGUGCACAUCUUGAUUACUUCUAUUGGCUACUUGCAGGACUCACUGUUGUAGAAUUGGCUAUAUUUGUGUAUUUUGCAAAAGCAUACAUUUACAAGAGAGGUAUGAUAUGAA